CAGCUCCGUUGCUACGUCACCACAUUUCCACCGAAUGCGAUGGAACAGCGUGUAAGAGCGUAAAGGUGGUCUGAGGAAACACUGCCAGGAACUUAUGCAAGAUGAGGGAAGCGGCCGUGCUGCUCACACCGUGUGUGCUUCUGUGUCUCCUCCUGAGCUUCAGCCAGGCAGCCAGGCAAGGACAGGACAUCAGAUGUGGUGCUUGCAGGGCUCUGGUAGAUGAGAUGGAGUGGGCCAUAUCUCAGAUAGAUCCCAAGAAAAUGAUCCAGACGGGAUCCUUCAGGAUCAACCCGGACGGCAGCCAGUCCAUCAGAGAGGUUCCUCUGGCUCGCUCAGAGGGAAACCUCCUUGAGCUGAUGGAGAUAGUGUGUGAGAGGAUGGCUGACUACGGGGAGAGUACAGAUUCUUCCACAAACAGGAAGUCCUACGUUAGGAUAAAGUCUCGGGACGGUGAGGCCAUGGACCUCUCAGAGGCCACGCUGGAUUCAAGAGUUACAAGCAGUUUAAAAUUUGCAUGCGAAACAAUUGUUGAGCAGCAUGAAGAUGAAGUCAUUGAAUUCUUCUCUCAUGAGACAGAUAAUGUCAAAGACAAACUCUGCAGCAAGAGGACUGAUCUCUGUGACCACGCUCUGAAAAUGCCCCACGACGAACUUUGAUAUCAUCUAGCCAUGGAUGCCAUCUCUUCUCAGCUGAAACGGAGACAUUAGGUGCUGUAACAUUUUCAGUUGUCUCCUAUCACCGGUUUACACCAAGGCAGCAGUGGAAGACAUGUACAAAUCUAUAUGUAAGAUAAGGAAGUCCACCUGAAAACUAAAGUGUUAUUCCUGUGGUCUGUGACAAUUUAAGGACCAGUUUUCCGUUUUUAGCCGAAACUCUUUUGACUAUCUUGUCACUUGUUUUCUUACUGUAAGUUAUCAUACUUCAAUAUUCUGUAUUUCAUGUGAGGGCUUAUCUAGCCUUCAGAUGUUCUCAUCAGAAAAAACAAACUGUGAAACUGCAAAAAUGAAGUUAUACUUCCCAGUGUGUACAGGAUUUCUUACAGGAUUAAUUGUGUGUAUAUACAGUAAGCAGUCUAAUUUAGCACACAAGUACACAGAGAGCAGGCUGAAAUUUGGUCAAGUGGUCCUUAAGUCUGUAUUCAUUUGCUCUGAUAAAGUCUCUCCCAAAGCCAGGAAGAAGUGCAUUGAAACCAUUGGUGCUUAUUAUUCAUAGUGAAUGGACAUCAGUGCUCACCAAUCAAAGAAUCAUUUGAUGACAAAUUCUAUUUUAUAUCUACUAAAAUUGUUAUGCUCACCGAUUUUUUUCGGAAGAUCACAGGAAUAACUUGUUUCAUAUGAAUAUUUCCAUCAGAUAAAGUGAAAAGUUAAAGGCACAUUAUGUUCCAUCAGAAAUGACGACAAUCUGGGAUUUGAGUGAAAUUGGUUUCGCUGCUUCAAAUGACAAAAUGUGCCUUUAUUGCUGAAGAAAUGUCUUCCCAUGCAAUGUCACACUCCGCAUAGAGGGUUUUAAAAUGUAUAGUGUUUUGCAGUCUCUAUACACUUUAAAACACACACCAAGGACUUUCAUUUGUUUGACAACAAAAUAUUUUGUUUAAAAUGGCUGAAAUGUUGAUGUUAAAAUAUGUUAAUAGUAACGGUGGUUGUGUGUGGUCUUCUUGUCCUCCAUGCUGCCCCUCUGAUCCAGAGCAGAAAAAUAUAUUUAUACCAGACAAAUUAAGUAUAAAAUAGUUUAUAGCUUCAGGUAAAUGACACUUCUUUUUUUCUUUAAACACUACAACAACCAGCUCAUAGCUCCUUGAAAUGUGAUAUUUAAAGCAGUUUUAGUUCUGUGCAUUAAGAGAAAAGUUUUUUGUCCAGUCUAGUAAAACUGAGGUGCAGUGUAACCCCACUAGAGUGUGCUGUAGUCCACAAUCUGAUCAUUGAGUCCAAUUUUACAAAUCAUUCUCAGUUACAAAGUCUUCAUGCUGUACUGUCGAUGUAAACCUAUUUUUGUUAUUGUUCAUUUUUCAGUGUGUGAAAAAAUGAGCUUGCUGUCUCGUGAACAUAGCUCAUUUCCUUUUUAUAUAAAACUUUUUGUAAGUUGU